GUGACCGUGAGUUGGUUUUGAUGUCGUACAGUUGCGCGGCUGAUAUAGCUGUGACCACCUUGCCAGCACCAGAGACGAACGUCGACUAUGAGCGAGGCCUCGCUGUUUUAAACGACGAAUGCUACCAAAGAGACAACAGCUUCAUCUGAUUCGGGUUCAAAAGCUGCCUACUAUGCUUGAAAGCGAUUUAUCGAAGCUUUAUCCCACACAGAGACGAUCAUAUUUAAGAGAGGCAAGCAUGCCAGAUUCACCAACAGACCCAGCAGCUCAUCCUCCUCAGGGACCUCCAGUGUCAUCACCAAAUGCAAAUCCUACUUCAGUUCCAGUUGUGGCUGAUGUAAGGUCUCUUAAUAAUUCCACUUCACCUGCUGUCAAUGGUGCACAUACCAGCCCCACAGGCCCUGUGUCUCCUAGCAGUAUAGGAAACAGUGUAACCCAGCUGCCUCCUGCCUGUGGUGCUCGACAACUUAGCAAGUUGAAGCGAUUCCUGACAACUCUGCAACAGUUUGGUUCGGAUAUCUCUCCUGAAAUUGGAGAAAGAGUGCGAGGACUUGUUAUGAACCUUGUGAACUCAACAAUAUCCAUAGAAGAAUUUCAUGCACAGCUUCAAGAAGCUACAAAUUUUCCUCUCAGACCAUUUGUUAUACCAUUUCUAAAGGCAAACCUACCCCUGUUACAAAGAGAACUGUUACAGUGUGCUCAGAUGGCUAAGCAGACUCCACCACAAUAUCUCAGACAACAUGAAGAUAUUUUAAAUGAAAGAGAAACAACACCUCUGGAUCCAGAGGAACUAAAUCCAUUAGAAAUAAAUGAAAAUGGGAAACGAAAGGCUCCUUCAGAUAGUAUGAGACCUAAGGAAAAUGGAGCACCUCCUGAUCUGGCUAUGCAAAUGAUGGCAGAACUGGGGAAACCUAUCCCAAAGAGGCCCUUUUUGGGCAACAGCAGCAGUUUUAAUAAACCAAAUCAGUUAAGAAUGGAAGACAUCACAAUACCACAAGCAGGCAGUUCACGUGAUGGUGAUCCCACUUUGCCAGAUGCUCUGUUGGAUAGCAAACAUGAAGUAGUGGAUGACUGGAAACAUGUGGACACGAUGCUUCAGUGCAUAAUAGGAAUGGUUGACAAGACAAAACGAGCUGUAGCAGUGCUUCAACAACGAUGCACUCAGGAUCGAGAAGAAUUAUUGGCCUGGGCACGAAAAACGGCCGAAGAAACAGAAGCGGAAGUUAAGAGGAGAGCAGGGGAACUAAUGGCUAAAACGCUAAAACAAACGGAGGAGCGCGUAGCAGAGGUCAAACGUCGGGCGGAAGAGGCCGUAAGUGACGUGAAGAGACAAGCUGUGGUAGAACUACAGAAAGCUGUCCGUGCUGCGGAAGAGAAAGCUAACGAAGCUGUGGCUAGUGCGCAUGGCAAAAUGGAGAAAGCCGUGCUAGAGGCGCGCCGACAGGCCACUGAAGACACCUUAGCCAUGUCAAAUCAUCAGAGUGAUUCAAGUGAGAGUUGUUGGAAUUGCGGGCGAAAGGCCACGGAGACAUGUAGUGGAUGCAAUGUGGCGAGGUACUGCGGCCCGUUCUGUCAGCACAAAGAUUGGGAGAACCAUCAUCACGUCUGUGGACAGCAAGCUCAGGCCGCCGGCGAAGACAAUCCCCAAGGAGGAGGUCCUCAGUCCGCGGGCUCUCCUAAGGAUACCAACACCACUAGUCCCGCUGUCACCAGAAUGACCACGCCCACUUCGUCAUCCGACCCCAUUUCAUCCCUCAGUGAUUAUGUUAUGAAAACCCCCUCUACGUAGGAUUAACUAGUACGCGUUAAAGUAAUAGUGGCUUCGUGUAUUGAGUCGCCAGAAUAGAAGACUGAAAUUUUCUCGAGGGAAGCCUUCCUCGUCAGUCUAGGGAACCUCCAAUGGUUGAGAAAUUGUGAUUUUGAUUUGCACAUAAUCUUUGUUGAUUCCCUCGUGACUGUGUUGCUUUGCGAUUAAAAGGUUUCGUAUGAAGCAGGUAGAAUAAGGCCAAGAAUUUAGGCAAUUUUAUCGCUUAGUAUUACGGGUAUGUGGAGCCAGGAGAUUCCAAGAAUAAGGAGACUGCCUUUAACACAAAUCAAAAUGAGGUGCUGCUGGUAUUUCACAAAACCAUCUGCUAGAGAGAGUGAAAGAAUCCUCUUCUUUCAUGGAAGGGGAGGGUAGAGAUGAUAGAGAUGGCAGAGACCCCAAAAUAGCUAUCAGCAUCUCAUGGCUAAAUGAAUCGUAAAAAAUAUCAGCUGCAUGUGAGCGAAGACUUUUUUCAGGUUCCGUAAACUUUCUCGUAAAUCUUUAAUUUACACACAAACUCAUUGCGUUGAAGCUUAAAGUAGAAAAUUUAAGGUAAAUUUGUUCCGACACUACAGGUAGCAUUAUAAGAUUUUAUGGUCUGCUUCAGGGAACAGUUUUUCUCGAGGGAAAUAUUUAAGAAACCAAAGAGGUCCCUAUCUUAAACUGUGUUUUGUAAGUGGUGUUAGUACACUUAAAUGCCAUCAAGUAGAAAUCUUUGUUUUGUUUUGUUUUUUCGAAGUUGUUUCGUUCUUCCUUUUUUGAAAGGCAGAGCAAGGUGAACAGUCCUCGUCCAUAUAUCGUUCGAUUUCAAUUGAGCACCAAAUUACAAAUGGAAUGUUAUUAUGUACAGAAGCUCCCACCCCAAUGUCGUUAAUGUGCCAGAAGAAAUUACAGCCUUGUUUAAAGCGUCUUUCUCAACGUAAAUUUUUAUCAAUCGUUACUUCCUUGUGGGAAGCGUAAAGUUUUGAUGAAUUUUGUCCAUUUUCAGUCGGUUAACAGGAAUACCAACAUGUAAUACUUGUAAAUAUGAAAUAAAGUGGACCUUGUCUAUGUUGAA